AUGACAGGAACACCAGUAUUUCAGUAUAAGAUACCGUACGAAGCGUGGUAUUUUAUAGUGACUUCGAGUGGGUUGCACUUUUAUUUUAAUAAGUUAAAACGGAAGUCUUAUUGGCAAUUGUAUGAUGUUUUCGAAGAUAAUCCUGGCAUGGACCAAAAUGAGUUUAUCAGUUGCAUUAACAUGGAAGAUGUUGCAGUGUUGAUGAGCAGAGUGAGUGGUUUAAAGGGAUUGGAUGGAUACUUCUUUAAGGAGUCAAAAAGAAAUGAAAAGGAUAUACAGACGAAAUCGAUAGAUGUGGAUAGUACAAACACCCGUAGCAGAGACGAGCAAGGAGUAGAAGAGAAAACAAUCGACAAACAAGAAACGAUGGAAAGUGAAGAAGAGGAGGAAGAGGCAGUGGAAUAUGACAAAGAUGCAAAAGAAGAGUUUAUACGUAAUUUGCUUCUAGAAGAAGGAUACAUGCAAGAAGAGACAGUAAAGAAAGAUGAAGAAACUCCGGGUGGAUUGAACCUAGGAUAUUCAUCGAGCGAAGAUGAUUCUGAAGCAGAAGAAAACCUGGAUAUUAAAAAAGAUCAAGAUGACGAUAAUGAGGAAGAAAUAAGGAACGAUGUACAUGAUGCUAAACAUAAAAAUACCAAUGAAGACCAUAAUGAGACAGAUGUAUAUCAAGACCAAUACGAAGAGAAAGACUACGAAUCGCACAGCCAAGAGCAAAAUGAAGAGAAAGAUGAUGGUGAACAAAGUGAAAAAGAUCAUGAUGAACACACUAUACAUGAUGCUGAUGAUAGUGACGACGAAACUCAAAAUAAUUUGGGUUUAGACCUAUCACUCUCUGAGGAUGAAAUAGACACCACAAAAGACUUUUUACAGUUACUUGAUUCUUACAGCGAUAGGAUAUCGGUGUACGACCCAUGGUUUUUAAUCGAAGAAGAAUUACUACCUGAACUUAUUACAAAACCUGAAUAUUAUUCUAUUGAUGAUUCAUCAGAAAGAGAGAGGAUAUUCAACCAGUGGUGUAAAGUUCAACAAGAUGAAGCACAAGAAACAAUUGCUGAUGCUAGUGUCCAACUAUCUGAGGUAUAUCCCACCAUAACUCAAGUGUAUUUUAGAUAUCUUCAAAAUCAUAAGAAGGAGCUCAAGAAAUAUUUCUAUUCCGAAUUCAGCACUAAGUUUUCAAAUGAAAUUGACAUAACUUUUGGUGAAAUACUGCCGAAAGAGAGAGAAUCGUUUUACCGUCAAUAUAAAAUAAUGAUAACUGAUUACGCAGAAUACGAAAAAAAGAUGAAGAAAUCUGGCCUGAAUGAUGCCAACUUGAAAAAGCUACAACUAAUCACCUUUUUGAAUAAGAACAGGAACAGUCUUCCAAAUAAUGCAAAAAGAGAAGAUGUUUUGCAAGUAGAGAAUUCAACUGAGGACGCAUUUAGCAAGUGGGCGAAAAUCUGUAAUUUGUAUAGUAUACCUACUUCAAUAGGUAAUAACGUUAAAAACUUCAUAGUCGGCGAUGAAAAACGGUUGCAAUCAUAUAUAGAAACGAUAACUAGGUCAUAA